AUGGUGUCCCGUCGAAGAUCGUUUCUCAUGGACGGCAGGGACCAAGUAGACCAGUCGCAAACGAGUGAUGUAUACAUAUUCGAUCAGCACUCAAAAUGUGCUUCAGGUUCUCGACAUUACUUUUUUGGUCAAUAUCUUUUCUUUUUCUCGGGGACCCGGUUGGACUUCUCUACUCUAACCGGGGCCGCUGAACCUUUUUCCACGUCGCUUCUAGCGGGAGUUGACAAAACCGGUAGGCCUCUACUAGUAUUAUCGCACGACCGUGAGCCGCGGGGAUCUUUGAUGAUGGGCGAAGAAUUCGGUGAUAGUAGCUCGAAGACGCCGGACGGUGACCUUGGUGCCUCGACGCCCUAG